AUAUAAAUAUAAUAUAUAAAAUACAUUUUUUUGAAAUAUUCUACUUUUCAGUAGGCAUCACUAGUUCGGAAAGGGAACGCUGUGAAGGAAACUUGGUCCCAUUGCCUGAAGUUGUUGGCUGUUCUUUGGUGUGUUUUUUAUAGUUGUCUGAGGGACCUUGAAGUGAAGUACCCUAUUAAAAACAACUAUAAGCUAUGUUGGUUUGAUGCUGACUUAAAUCACCAAACAUAAAAUUAUCUUUUUUUUUUUUGGGGAAAGAGAGAAGCUAUGACCAACAUUUCAAGUCACCAUUCUAUUUGGGCUUUUUGAAUUGACUUAUUUGUCCAACAUUGUCAGGAUGCUGGGUGCAUGUGGCAUGCAGAAAUGUCACCAAGAGGUGCUCAAAAAUAACCGUGUAUUCCUAGCAAAGCAGCUAGUGUUGAAGGAACUAAUGGAACAUCUUAUAGAAAAAGACAUUAUCACUGAAGAAAUGAUGGAGAUGAUACAGGCAAAGUCUGGAAGUUUUAGCCAAAACAUAGAAUUAUUGAAUCUGCUUCCUAAGAGGGGCCCCAAAGCCUUUUCAGCCUUUUGUGAAGCUUUACGAGAAACUAAACAGCAGCACUUGGAAGAAAUGCUCCUGAGCACUAUCCCCUGCCAUAGGACUGAGGCUGUAAAGCGGCCUCAUUGCUACAAUCAAAGUAUCUCGCUUCCAGUGCCUGAAUCCUGUGUCUCUCAGAAAAGACGUGAUUGGUUUGUGGCAGAGCCAAUGGAGCAUUCAUUAGAUGAUGGAGAUGGUCCUCACUAUCCUCAGGUGAAACCAUGCACUCCAGAAUUUUAUCACACUCAUGCCCACUUGGCAUACAAGUUGAAGUCUCAGCCACGAGGCCUGGCUCUUAUCCUUAGCAAUGUGCAUUUCAGCAAUGAGACUGAUCUAGAGUUCCGUUCUGGAGGAAAUGUGGACCAUGCUGCUCUAGAUAUGCUCUUCAAGCAUCUUGGGUACCAGGUGGUUGUACGACAUGAUCGGACUGCACAGGAAAUGCAGGAAGAGUUGGGAAAUUUUUCCAAGCAUCCAGCUCACCGAGACUUAGACUCCUGCAUAGUAUCACUUCUUUCGCAUGGAAUAGAGGGUGGGGUCUAUGGAGUGGAUGGGAAGCUACUUCAGUUGCAGGAAAUUUUCAGGCUGUUUGAUAAUGCAAAUUGUCCUAAUCUUCAGAAUAAGCCUAAAAUGUUCUUCAUCCAAGCAUGCCGGGGAGAUGAGACAGACCGUGGAGUAGACCAGAUAGAUGGGAAUGACCGGGCCAGUUCCCCUGGUUGUGAAGAGAGUGAUGCCAACAAGAAGGAGAAUCCUAAGCUACGCCUCCCUACCUGCUCUGAUAUGAUCUGUGGCUAUGCCUGCCUGAAAGGUACAGCUGCUAUGAGAAAUACCAAACGUGGAUCCUGGUAUAUAGAAGCUCUCACUUCUGUGUUUGCUGAGGAUGCCAGAAACAAGCAUGUGGCUGACAUGCUGGUCAAGGUGAACAGACUGAUCAAACACCGUGAAGGCCAUGCCCCUGGCACAGAGUUUCAUCGUUGCAAGGAGAUGUCAGAGUAUUGUAGCACUCUCUGCCAAGACCUUUACCUAUUUCCAGGGAUGGGUCCUGAGAAUUAACUCUGCCAUUCUUUUUCUGAUGAAAUUAUUUCCUGUUAAUCAAUGUUUAUGGAAUACUCUGUGGUUGCCUGUAGAUGUCCAUGAUACACAGUACCUUCCUUCAUGGCUUUUUGUCAGAUGAGUUAAAACUUGGUAUGACAGUGGACAUUUGACCGAUGAGCUAUUGCUUAUGCUACUUGCUUUCUUGUUUCUGGUUUUCUCAAACCUGAGAUGUCCUAAGACAUAACCUGUAAAUUAAUAAUGCCUGGCCAUGCCAGAUUUCUUAUGCUCUGUGCAGAAUUUGCUAAUAUCGCUCUUUAGACAGGACUUGGCCAUUGUUCAGGGGUUUUUCUCCUCAUAUGCCAAAAACAGAUUGAUGGGGAGCACUUUAAUAAUUUUAUGUGAGUGUUUAGAGAAAAUGUGAGUUUGAAAUUUCAUUUAAUUUAUUUUAUAAAGGAAAAUAUGUAAAAAACAUUAUUUUAAAAAAAGGUUAUACGUUGAAUUCUUUUUUAACACGAAUUCAUGUUUGUUUGCCCACAGGAAUAGACUUGAAAGGGAACCUUCAACCUAAAAAUGGGGGCUGUGCAGACUAUGAAUGCCAAGUUAGAGCAGUAGGCCAGUGGUAAUGUUGCUUUAUGCAUGUAGAUACUCAAGCAGAUACUAAGUUUUUGUUAUAAAACCUUUAUUAUUUGCUUGUUGGUUACUGUAUAAUCUAUUAUGGAAUUUGAUCAUUCUGCAGAAAAUUGGGAGCAGGACUUGGAAAUAAUCACAGUGAGUUUUCAUUCUCCAAGGUGCUUCUGAUUAUAUAAAACCGUAUGUUUCUAAGUUGUAAUAGCAUUAGCUUAAUGAUUCCAAAUGUUCAUCCAUAAUAUAUCCAUUAUCCAUAAUAUCUGUUUUAUCUAAUACAGAUCUGAAGUUAAGUCUUCAUUAGGCAACGCAGGUGUGCUGCCCUGGAUUAACCUAACUUUGUCUUGUUCUGAUUUUCCUGUAUUCUUUGCACCUUUUCCUUUGAUUCAUGGUGGGGAGGAAAGGGCUAAAUACUUAUUCCAUGUUUCCUGGAGUCCUGAUAAUUACUUGCUCCCUUCAGUCGAUAGCAUUAGCUUGGCUUAAAGGCUUCUGUUUAUUACUGUGUUUGUUAUUUUUAUACUGUUUAAAAAUUUUUUGUUGAUUUGAAACAGAAUAUCAUUUAACAUAAAUAGGAAGUGCUUUUCAUGUAGAAGAGGAAAUAUUUUGCUCUUCUGCUAGAUAGGCUUGUAAGGAUGCCCGGACAGGCACAGGAUAGAAAGUAGAGAGGAAGACUCAUUUUUCAGAAUCUAGCUCUACUGUAAAUGGCCCCUUUGGUGGGACCUAUCAUUUCAAGAAUGGUCUUUGGAAGUAAAGGACAACAGACACAAGCUGGUUUCUUUUUGUGUGUGAAUAUACUCUUCAGUAGCAUCACAGUCCAGGCACCCAGUAGCCACAGGUGCUUUAGCAGUUAGAUUGGUGGCUGCUGGAUUUGCUGCAGAGGUUGGGAAAUAGAUCCCUUUCCUGUGACUGACUUGAAAUCUUUGAAAAUACAUUUGGAAUAUUUUGUGCUCUUUUUAAAAAGAACUUAUUUUUGUAUUUUUUAAAAAAAAUCUUUCUGCAACUUUCUGCAACCAAGGACUGUACACUUUAACCAAAUUUCUCAGAUGGAAUUAUUUGCCUUUUAUCGAUUAGUAUGAAUCCCCUUUGCCCAAGAUUUUUAAAUAUAUAUAUAUUUUUAUACAAUUUUGAUACCUUUUUAAAAAGCAGAUAUAAUUUUAAGAUAAGAAAAUGACACAGAAUGAACUAGAGAAAGGCAGGAGGCUGGGGAAUUUGCAUUUUUGCAUUCUCUUUUGUUGUCAAGGUGCUCUUCCUCCUCUUUCUUUUGAUAAUCGUGCAGUUGGACUGUGUGCUGUAUCUGCUGGGGAGUUACGAGCCAUUUCAGGGCCAGCGGGUAGCUCUGGAUGACACCUGCAGGGUUCUUUCCCCUGGAUAAAAAUAGAAACACGGGAGCCUUCUCUGUUGUGUCAAUGAAGCUAUUUUCCUGUAGCUUUGAAAAAGAGUGGCCAGUUUUUUUUAUCACUGCCUAUAUAUUGUGUAUAAAUUGCUUCCAUGUGCCAAAAUAAAAAGUAAUCUCAUCUCCA